AUGGUCCCGGCUAGGUCCAUUUCGGCCCAGUUCGGUCUCUCUCGGCUCCGCUCGGCCCCGCUCGGCUCCGCCCCUCACAGGCCUAGACGCAGGCGUCGUUCUACGCCCCUCCCUUCACAGGUUCAGACGCAGGCGGGUGUCCUACGCCCCGCCCCUCACACGCCCAGACUCAGGAGUGUGUGCUACGCUCCGCCCCUCACACGCCCAGACGCGUGCAAAAGUUGUACGCUCGGCCCCUCGCUGUGGCUUUCGUCUCCUACCCCUGGCGGAGGAGUCUAUCGCGACUCUACACGACGCAGGCGAGUUUGCAGCAAGUUCCGAAGCCGACCCUUGACAGAGUUAACUGUCGAGGAUGUGGACAUCAAGUUCACUCCAGAAGAGUGGGAAUGCCUGGACCCUGCUCAAAGGGCCUUGUACCGGAACGUGAUGGAGGAGACCUACAGGAAUAACCUGCUGUCUGUGGUUCUUGGGAAGAAAUUCAAUAUCUGCUUGUGUGUGUGGUCUGUCACUGUGGUCAUAUCUGACUCUUCGGAACCCAAUGGACCGUACCCCUCCAGGCUGUUUGUUCGUGGAAUUCUCCCGGCAAGAAUACUGGAAUGGGUUGCCCUGGCCCCGUCCAAAGGGACCUUCCCCAUGCAGGGAUUGUCUGCAUAUUCCUGUAUAUUAUAA